AGCCCCAGCCACAGAGAGACCGAGAGCUCCCGGAGAACCCGGACUCCGCCAUCUUCACCGUGCGAUCCCCAGCCCCGGCCCGCGCCGCCCGGCCCGGCGCCCUGGGCCCGCCGCCCCUGGGCCCGCUCCCCCGGGCCGCCGCGCCAGGGGAGCGCCCGCCGCCCGCCCGCCGCCCGCCCCGGGCACGGAGCCUCCCGGCCGGCGCCGCUGCCAGGUGGACCGCGCCGAGCCGCUGCGGUGCCCGGCCUCGCGGGGGGCAGCCUCCAGCCCGCCGGCCCGCGUCCGCGCCGGGCCCCCCCAACCCCCCCCUCCCCGGCCGUCCCGGUCGCCGUGCGUUUUUGGAGGGGGCGGGGUGAAGGGGGGACGAGAUAAGUCCCCAAGUUUCCUUGGCUUUUUUUUUUCUUCCCUUCUUCUUUUUCCUUCUUUCCUCCUUAUUUUGACCGCUUGCCUUCUCCCCCCUCUGCCCCCACGCACCCCCUUCCUGGUGCGCUUUGCACCGACCUGCCCGCGAGAGAAAAGUGCCCGCAGCCUGUGCAAAUCCACUGCAAGUUCCCGAAGCCAUCUGCAAGUCCAGGAGGCCGCGCAGUUUGAAGAAGUGUAAGCGAUCUUUUUUUUUUUUCCUCCCUUCGGAAGAAUAUAUAUCUAUUUUCAGGGAGCCAGCCAGCCUGCAGCCAGCAGCUGGUAUAUUUUUUCUUUUAAUUUUGCCUCUUUCUCCUAUUUCAGACGGAGAGGUGGUUCUUUUUUAUUUUUUCUUCUUCUCUUCUGUCUCUCUUUUUAUUUAUUAUUAUAUAUUUUUUGCAAACAAAACCUACAGCAGCCUAGAAGAAAGAGCGAGCAACAUACAGAAGAGGAGCAGGAGGAAGCGAGAGCACGCGAGGCAGGGGGGAGAAGAAGCGAGCGGAGCCCCGGCCGGCCGGGCGGGCGGGCGGCGGGCGGCGGCGGCGGCCCCUGGGCCCAGCGGCGCGGCUCUCCGGGCGAUGCCCGAGUAGAUGCGGGGCCAUGUCCCGCCGUAAGCAGGGCAACCCGCAGCACGUGUCCCGGAGGGAGGUGCUCACACCAGAGCCUGACCAUGACCACGUGGAGGCCGCCAUCCUGGAGGAGGAGGACGAGGGCUUGGACAUCGAGGAGCCCAGCGGCCUGGGGCUGAUGGUGGACGGCCCCGAUCCGGACCUGCUGACCUGUGGGCAGUGCCAGAUGAACUUCCCCCUGGGCGACAUCUUGGCGUUCAUAGAACACAAGAAGCAGCAGUGCGGCGGAGGCCUGGGCAUCUGCUAUGACAAAGGCCUGGACAGAGGAAGCCCCCCGCCCGCCUUGCGCCCCGAGCUCAGGAAAGUGUCGGAACCCGUGGAGAUCGGGAUCCAGGUCACGCCGGACGAAGAUGACCACCUGCUCUCGCCCACGAAGGGCAUCUGCCCCAAGCAAGAGAACACAGGGCCGUGCAGGCCUGUCCAGCUGCCCGAGAUGGCCCCCAUACCUGCCUCCUCCUCCCACCCUCACACAUCCGUCAUCACCUCACCUCUGCGCGCCCUGGGGGCUCUGGCGCCCUGCUUCCCCCUGCCCUGCUGCAGCGUGGGGCCUGGCCCCGGGGACAGGCCUCAGGGGGAGCGGCACAUGGAGGCUCCCUUUGGAUGCCAGUGCCAGUGGUCAGGUAAGGACGAGCCGUCCAGCUACAUCUGCACCACGUGCAAGCAGCCCUUCAGCAGCGCCUGGUUCCUGCUGCAGCACGCCCAGAACACGCACGGCUUCCGCAUCUACCUGGAGCCCGGGCCCGCCAGCAGCGCGCUCACGCCGCGCCUCACCAUCCCGCCGCCGCUCGGACCCGAGGCCGUGGCGCAGUCGCCGCUGCUCAGCUUCCUGGGCGACGCCGCCAACCCCUUCAACCUGCUGCGCGUGGCCGGGCCGCUGCUGCGCGAGCACCCGGGCGGCGGGGGCGGCGGGGGCGGCGGGGGCGGCGGGGGCUUCGACGGCUCCCGCCUGCCCGCCACGCCGCCGCUCUUCAGCCCGCCGCCCCGCCACCCGCUGGACCCGCACCGCCUGGGCGCCGACGACAUGGGGCUCGUCGCCCAGCACCCCAGUGCCUUCGACCGCGUCCUGCGCCUCAACCCGCUGGCCGUCGACGCGCCCGCCAUGGACUUCUCCCGCCGCCUGCGCGAGCUGGCCGGCAACAGCGCCACGCCGCCCCCCGCCUCCCCCGGCCGCGCCGGCGCCGCGCACCGCCUGCCGCACCCCUUCCCGCCCGCGGGGCCCGGGGCCGGGUCGCCCUUCCUCGGCACGCCGCCGCCGCCGCCGCCCCCGCCGCUGCCGCCGCUGCCCCUCGGCCCCGGGGCCAGCCCGCCGCCGCCGCCGCCGCCCGCCAAGAGCAAGUCGUGCGAGUUCUGCGGCAAGACCUUCAAGUUCCAGAGCAACCUGAUCGUGCACCGGCGCAGCCACACCGGCGAGAAGCCCUACAAGUGCCAGCUGUGCGACCACGCGUGCUCGCAGGCCAGCAAGCUCAAGCGCCACAUGAAGACGCACCUGCACAAGGCGGCCGGCCUGGCGCGCUCCGACGACGGGCUGUCGGCCGCCAGCUCCCCCGAGCCGGGCACCAGCGAGCCGGGCGGGGGCGGCGGCGGCGGCGGGGGCGGCGGGGGCGGCGGCGGCGGGGGCGGGGGUGCUGGCGACGCGCUGGCGCUUCCGCUUCCGGCCGGCCGCGCCGACUUCCGGCGCCACGACAGCGACCCGUCGCUGGGCCCCGAGGCGGACGACGACGAGGACGACGAGGAGGAGGAGGAGGAGGACGACGAGGAGCUGCUGCUGGAGGCCGAGAGCCGCCCGGCGUCGAGCUUCAGCCUGGACUCGGAGCUGGGGCGCGGCGGCCGCGAGAACGGGCGCGCGGCGGGGGCGGGGGCGGGGGCGGGGGCGGCGGGGGGCCCCGGCAAGGCGCUGGCCGACGACAAGGCGCUGGUGCUCGGCAAGGUGAUGGACGGCGUGGCGCUGGGCGCGCUGCCCGCCUACGGCGACCUGCUGGCGGCCGACAAGCCCAAGCGCGGCGGCGGCGGCGGCGUGGGCGGCUUCCUCAAGCGCGCGGGCGGCCUGGGCGACGUCGUCGACGACGUCGAGCACGUGGACGGCGGCGGCGGCGGCGCGGUCAACGUCAACGUCAACGUCAACGGGCGCGCGGGGGCGGGGCCGGGGGCGGGGCCGGGGGCGGGGCCCGGCGGCUUCGGGGCGGAGCCUUUCCCCGCGCUCUUCCCGCGCAAGCCGGCCGCGCUGCCCCUCGGCCUGCCCGCGCCCGCGCCCGCGCCGGGCCUGCACGGCGCCGCCAAGCGCAUCAAGGUGGAGAAGGACCUGGAGCUGCCGCCCGCCGCGCUCAUCCCCAGCGAGAACGUGUACUCGCAGUGGCUGGUGGGCUACGCCGCGUCGCGCCACUUCAUGAAGGACCCGUUCCUGGGCUUCUCGGACGCGCGCCAGUCGCCCUUCGCCACGUCGUCGGAGCACUCGUCGGAGAACGGCAGCCUGCGCUUCUCCACGCCGCCCGGGGACCUGCUGGACGGCGGGCUGUCGGGGCGCAGCGGCACGGCCAGCGGGGGCAGCACGCCGCACCUGGGCGGCCCCGGGCCGGGCCGGCCGAGCUCCAAGGAGGGCCGGCGCAGCGACACGUGCGAGUACUGCGGCAAGGUGUUCAAGAACUGCAGCAACCUGACGGUGCACCGGCGGAGCCACACCGGCGAGCGGCCUUACAAGUGCGAGCUGUGCAACUACGCGUGCGCGCAGAGCAGCAAGCUGACGCGCCACAUGAAGACGCACGGGCAGAUCGGCAAGGAGGUGUACCGCUGCGACAUCUGCCAGAUGCCCUUCAGCGUCUACAGCACCCUGGAGAAGCACAUGAAGAAGUGGCACGGCGAGCACUUGCUGGCCAACGACGUCAAGAUCGAGCAGGCCGACCGCAGCUAAGGGGAGAGCGGGGGCGCGCGCCCGGACCCGCGCCCGCGCCCGCACCCGUGCAUGGCGCGCGACCGUGUGCCUGCC